AUGGAGUUUGUGAAAGACUAUGUUAUGGUGGAAGUUGAUUUUUGCCUUCAAAAAGUUCUUUGGAAAAUGCCAAUAUUCUCGCAAAACAGGGAAUAUACAGUAGCAAACCUGUACAAACGUAGAAGGGAAACUGAUACUUCACAACCACCUCUUCCUUUACCUCUUCUUACAGUAAUAUUAUCAACGUUUGCGAUUGUUACUACUCUUUAUGGUCAAUUAUGUCGACGAUAA